AAGUUAAAAAAAUCUAAAAGUUUAAAAUUUUAAAAAAUUUGACAGAUGGGUAGUGCGACAGUGACUUUUAUUCUUAUUUCAUUUUGAGAUGGUCCCUUGAUUCAGUUCACAGUAUAAUGCUCUCCAGUCUUCUCCUCCAAUGGUGUCUUAGAAAUUUUACUACAGAGUGUUGGUUGAAACUUGAGAAAUAACCUGAAAGUUUACUGUGAAUGAUCCAAACCAGAAGGAUAAAACCCAGAUAGUAAGAACCUUUCCGAAGCCCAAUGACCUGAAAUUCAGUUUCCAAGACAUCAGACACCAGGGGGGGAAAUCUUAUAAUCCAGAUCACUGUUUUCCAUUCAUCAAUUUCAAUGAAACAUCUGCAACUUAUCCACCAAACAUUGGAAAGCUCAAACUUCCCAUAACCCAAGGUCCCCAUAGGCAUCUAUACAAACCCCAUCAGCCCCAACCCCAUUUUCACCAAGUCAACUGCCUCCAACUCCAAGAGCUUCUUCAUUUAGUUGAUACAGUUACUUUGACAGUUAACCAUGAAGAACAUCUUCUUCUCUUUGGCUGUCAUCUUCUUCCUAGCCAGCACUAGUGAAGCAACUGUGCCAUGCGGCACUGUUGACAUGAAGGCAGCUGCAUGUGUGGGGUAUGCCACCGGCAAAGAGCCGAAGCCAUCUCCAGCAUGCUGCUCUGGACUCCAACAGCUUGCUGGAACUGUGAAAACAGUUGAUGAUAAGAAGAAUAUUUGCCGGUGCUUGAAGAAUGGUGUUAAGGCGUUCGCAGGCGUUCAGGACAAGUUCUUGAGCCAGAUUCCUGCGGUUUGCAAUAUCAAAGUUGGGUUCCCGGUGUCCUUGAACACCAACUGUGAAGCAAUCCACUGAAUUGCAAUGGAAUCGAUGCAGAGAUUGGGGGAAUAAGUGCUCAUCUUGGAAUGAUGUAGGAAGUAGUUGAUUAAAGUUGAAUAAAACUGCAGAUUAGGGGCAAUGUUCUAUGGGACUUUUGUCCUUGAUCAUGUAAUUACCAGUUGGCUUUAAUGGAUCUGUUUUCAUGUUCUUGUUAA